AGCGGGGGCCGGGAGCGGGGGGGGGUUCGGUAAGGGGAGGGGGGGGUUCGGUACCGGGUUCGCAGCCAUGCUGAGCCGUCUGGGUGCUCUGCUGCAACAGGCGGUGGAGACGCGGGAGCCCAGCGUGGAUCUGCUGGAAGCCUUCACCGAGCACUGGAAGGGAAUCACCGGAUACUACCUGGAGGCCACGGAUGAGAGCAUCCCAGCCAGACAGACAGACAUCCCCUGGCGCCUCCGGCAGAUGUUGGACAUCCUGGUGUACGAGGAGAAGCAGCGUUCCGCAGGGGAAGCUGGACCCUGCCUGGAGUACCUGCUGCAACACAAGUUGCUGGAGACCCUCAGCACGCUGGGCAAGGCAGAGUACCCCCCCGGGAUGAGGCAGCAGGUCCUCCUCUUCUUCAGCAGGGUGCUGGGGCAGGUGCAGCACCCACUCCUGCACUACCUCAACGUCCACAGACCGGUGCAGAAGCUGCUCCAGCUCAGUGGGGACCGGCUGAGCUCCGGCACGGAGAAGGAGGAGGUGCAGUUUGCUGCUGUCCUCUGCACGAAGAUCAAGCAGGAUCCCACCCUGCUGGCAUACAUCCUGGAGGGCAAGAGCAUCCUGAAAGGGAGGAGAGCCCAGGAGCUGCUGGCCAGCCCUGUGGAAGAGGGUGCAGAGCACUCCCUGGAAACCCCCCCAGCCCAGCCCUCCCCAGCACGGAGGGACAGCAACCUGGUCACCUCCUUGGUAGGACUCUGCAAGAGCCAGAAGAGCAGGGUGGCUCUGAAGGCUCGGGAGAACCUCCUCUUGCUGGUGGGGCUGGCCCAGGAGGGGGCUGCUGCCCACCUGGUGAGGGGCAGUGCCCUGUGCCAGCUCCUGGCAGAGCAGCUCUGUCACCUCUACAGCUCCCUGUCCCCCAGCACCCACCCCACUGACGUCCUCACCUUGGAGAAGGUCACCUGGAGGUUGCAGGGGGAUGCUGGUGGGGAGGGGGUUUUUCCUGGGAAGGAGAACCUGGUUGCUUUCUUCUGCUGGCUGGAUUACCUGGAGGAGCUGGUGAUGGGUGCCCACCCGGUUGUGGCAGAUGCCAUCACAGAGGCUGUGGAGGAGAAGUUUUUCCAAGGCAUUUUGCAGCCACAGCUCCUGGAGAUGUCUGAGCUCUCUGUCCUCAGCACCACGGGGGUGCUGGCAGGGAUGGUGAGGCAGCUCCGUGCCUCCCCCCUGCUCCACCACCUCAUCCUCUUCCUGCUGGGAUCAGAGCGGGACCCCGAGACCCCCGGGGACACCCCCCACCCCCUGCGCACCCAACUCAUCGAUCGCUGCGACCACCUCUCCGACGAGAUCAGCCUGGCCAGCCUGAGGCUCUUCGAGGAGCUCCUGCAGAAGCCCCACGAGCACGUGGCCCACAGCCUGGUGCUGAGGAACCUGGAGGGCAGGGGGUACCUGCACCCCGGACCCCCACCCAUGCCUGACGAGCGUGGACCCCCCGAGCCAGACCCCGAGGAGGAUGGGUUGGACCUGGAGGAGGAUCCUUAUUUCACUGAUGGGUUCCCAGAUGUUGGCUUUGAGACAGUGAAAAAACCUCUGUCCCCCCCCGGGAAGGGGCACGUCAAUGAGGUGGUCAGCAGCUUCCUCUGCCUGGUCCCCGAGGAGGCCAAAACCUCCUCCUGCCUGGAGGGGGGGGGCUAUGACACCUACAUCCACGAUGCCCUGGCCAUGGUCCAGGCGUGCCGUGCCAAUGCUGCCUCCUGGGGGUGGCCCCCAGCCCCUCGACCCCUCGACUCCUGCCCCCCCGAGGUGAUGUUUUAUGAGGGUCAUUUCCUCAAGGUCCUCUUCGACCGGAUGAGUCGCAUCCUGGACCAGCCCUACAGCCUCAACCUGCAGGUGACCUCGGUGCUGUCCCACCUGGCUGCUCUCCCCCAUCCCCACCUCCACGAGUACCUGCUGGACCCCUACCUCAGCCUGGCACCUGGCUCCCGCUCCCUCUUCUCGGUCCUUGUCAGGGUGAUGGGGGAGCUGAUGCAGCGGCUCCAGCGGGUGCCCCAUUUCAGAGCCAAACUGCUCCUGGUGAGGCAGCAGCUCCUGGGGAUGGUGCCUGGAGAGCAGAUGGAGCACACGAUGCUCUUCCAGGGGGUGGUGGUGCUGGAGGAGUUCUGCAAGGAGCUGGCUGCCAUCGCCCUGGUCAAGGGACCACCCAAGGGACCCCCCUGAGCUGAGGCUCCCUGACCCCCCCACGGAGCACCCCCUCUUCGUCCAGGCUGCGGUGGCCACCAGGGAUGGUGGCUCUGGUGGCCCUGCUGGGACUGGUACGUCCCCAGUGGUGGUGGCACUGACCCCAGGGGGUCCUGUGAGGAAAAUGGCUCCAAAUCCUUCAGCACCCACCUUGGCCAACAUGGGGGGAUGCCCCCUCCCCAGGGCAAGGUGCAGCCCUUCAGGGUGCCAAGUACCCCGUGCUGGGGUUCCUCCUGGGUGCUGGGUUCCUGCUCUCCCCCCCUGCCCCAUCUGGGGGUUGUCCCCAGUGACUCGAGCAGGGUGGUUUCUGUGUUGGCAAUAAUGGGGGGCACGGUGACACCCCCUGGGCUGCAGGGACUCAAUCACUGCCCCCAGCUCUGGGGGCACAAGGUCUGUCUGUCUGUCUGUCUGUGGCUCCUGUCUGGCAGGAGGGGGUGGGGGGUGCACCCCAAACCCUGCACACUUUUUGUCCCCUGGGUGAUGGGACUGUGCUGCAAUAAAGCUGGGAGCUCA